AUGUACAAAUAUUUGGUGGCUAAAUUUAUGGCGUGGACCCCCUUCCUUGCUGCAUUCUCAGUGGGUUUGCAAGACUGUGAUGAUGCCGAAGUAGCCUCCCUAUGCCUGGAUGGUCUGCGAUGUGCCAUCAGAAUCACCUGCAUAUUCCACAUGACUCUUGAAAGAGAUGCCUUUGUGCAGUGCCUGGCCCGCUUCACACUCCUCACUGCCAACUCUCCACUCACAGAGAUGAAGGCGAAGAAUGUGGACUGUAUCAAGACACUCAUAACUGUUGCACAUACAGAUGGAAAUUAUUUAGGAAAAUCAUGGUUAGAGAUCUUGAAAUGCAUAAGUCAGCUUGAGCUUGCUCAGCUGAUAGGCACAGGUGUCAAGCCACAAUACAUAAAAGAUUCUGGCCUGAAAAUGCCUCAUGAGACCUCAAACUUCCUAGAUGCCUUCCCAGAAUUCAUUACUGGUGAACAGAAGAAACUAGCUCACAUUAAGGAGUCCAUGGGUGAAACCUCAUCCCAGAGUGUUGUAGUGGCAGUUGACAGGAUUUUUACUGGUUCUACAAGACUGGAUGGUGAUGCCGUCGUCCAUUUUGUCAAGGCCUUGUGCCAAGUAUCCCUUGAGGAAUUAGGAGCACCUACACCUCGCAUGUUUUCUCUGCAGAAAAUUGUAGAGAUCAGUUAUUACAACAUGGGUCGUAUCAGGUUGCAGUGGUCUAGAAUAUGGGAGGUAUUAGGUGAACACUUUAAUAAGGUUGGCUGCAACCCCAAUGAAGACAUAGCUGUGUUUGCAGUGGACUCCUUAAGACAACUGUCUAUGAAAUUUAUAGAGAAAGGAGAGUUUGCAAACUUCCGUUUCCAGAAAGAAUUUCUGCGGCCUUUUGAACAUAUAAUGAAGAAAAACAGGUCUCCUGUAAUAAAAGACAUGGUGGUGCGAUGCAUCACACAGAUGGUCAAUUCUCAAGCAAAGAAUAUCAAAUCUGGAUGGAAGAACAUAUUUAGCGUUUUCCAUCUGGCAGCCUCGGACCAUGAUGAAAAUAUUGUGGAAAUGGCUUUUGAAACAACAAAAGAAAUCAUUUCUCAGAUAUAUCAGAAGCACUUCAUUACUGUGAUAGACUCCUUCCAAGAUUCAGUCAAGUGUCUGAGUGAGUUUGCAUGUAAUGCCGGCUUCCCAGACACUAGCAUGGAGGCCAUUUCCUUGAUUAGAGAUUGUGCAAAAUAUGUGGAUGAGAAACCACAGAUGUUCCAAGAACAUAAUUUAGAAGAUGUGACAGUCUGUGCUGAGGAUAGAGUAUGGGUCAGAGGCUGGUUCCCCAUUCUGUUUGAGCUUUCGUGCAUUAUCACACGCUGCAAACUCGACGUCAGAACUCGUGCCCUGACAGUGCUAUUCGAGGUUGUGAAGAAUUACGGGGGAUCGUAUUCAUCUCAUUGGUGGAAAGACUUGUUCCAGAUUGUGUUCAGGAUUUUUGACAACAUGAAGCUUCCUGAACAGCAAACAGAGAGCGCCGUGGAGUUAAACGAGAUACAGGCUGAGAAAAAUGAGUGGAUGACAACUACAUGCAAUCAUGCCCUUUAUGCCAUAGUGGAUGUCUUUACGCAGUAUUUUGAAAUCCUGAACCCUAUAUUAUUGGAAGAUCUGUAUACCCAAUUGCAUUGGUGUGUGCAGCAAGACAAUGAACAAUUAGCACGCUCAGGCACCAACUGCCUGGAAAACCUUGUGAUAAGCAAUGGUCCUAAGCUGAGCUCUGCAACAUGGGACAAGACCUGCCAGUGCCUCCUGGAUAUCUUCCACUCGACUCUGCCCCAUGCUCUCCUCACUUGGAGACCCCCUGAACAUAGUCCUCCACACCAGCAGGCUGGUGUUCCAUCCAGUGGAGAUUCCAGAGCCUUUGCUGGCCUGCUGAUCCGAUGUGUGGUUCAGCUGGAACUUAUCCAGUGCAUUGACAAUAUAGUCUUCUUCCCCGCCACUAGUAAAAAAGAAGACCAGGAGAAUCUAGCACUGGCACAGGCUGGUGACACAGUUCUGCCAUUGACAAGAGAACAAAGAGAAGACCAAGGAAUGUACCGUCACCUCAUGUCAAGCCAGCUCUUCACGCUCCUUGACUGUCUUAUGGCAUCACACUCCUUUGCAAAAUCCUUUAAUUCAAACCAUGAACAAAGAAACCUCUUGUGGAAAGCAGGAUUUAAGGGUAGUGUGAAACCAAACCUCUUGAAGCAAGAGACUCAGUCUUUAGCGUGCGCCUUAAGGAUACUAUUCCGCAUGCUCGGAGAUCCGUCCAGAGAGGAGGAAUGGCCUCAGGUGCAAGAACGUUUAAUCUCAGUGUGUAGGUCGGGGCUGGAGUACUUCCUCUCCCUCCCAGAGUCUCAUCGUGAAGCCUGGACAAGUUUAAUUCUCCUUUUCCUCACAAAUAUACACAAAAUGUCUGAUGAGCAGUUUGCCGCUCACGCCUCCAACUAUUACCCAUUUUUGUGCGAAAUUAUGUGUUUCAACCUCAAACCGGAACUGCGAGCUGUCCUUCGUCGCUUCUUCCUCCGUAUUGGUUUAGUGUUCAACAUUACCCAUCCAAGCAUUCGCCACCACACCUCGUCCACUUCGUCUUUGCCACCUGGAACACACCCUAGAGAACGCCUCCCGAGUGAACAGUGAGAGAGAGAGAAGUGUGAAGGCUGAGGAUGAGGAGGACUUGAAGCAGAUUCUCAAUUCUCUUUCGCCUCUUCACAUCUUUAUCUGUAUUUCUCUCUCUUAUUUAUCUUUCCACUUGUAUCUGUAAUUUUCUAUAUAUAUCUAUCUAUCUAUGUUUCUUGCUACCUUUAUUUUUCUUUUGAAGAAAGCAAGUGAGGUAUUGGAGUGAUUAUGUGAUUUUAGAUGGGCUAGGCAUAGAUUAAGAGAUGAUGUAAUUGAAGGGAAGUGAAUAAAGGGAAUUACGCGCAGACUAUUUUACCUAAUUCAGGUAUUGUUUUGUUUGUGCAUAUGUAUGUGUCUAUGAAUAGAAGAGUGUGUGUGUGUGUGUGUGUGUGUGUGUGUGUGUGUGUGUGUGUGUGUGUGUGUGUGUGUGUGUGUGUGUGUGUGUGUGUGUGUGUGUGUGUGUGUUUUAUCACACA